AUGCCUGGACUGCUCGGAAAGAAGUUCCCCACGCCAAUUGCGAAGCCAAUGUGGCCAUUCUUCGCUGCCACCCUCAUCGUCGCAUAUGGCAUUAAUUCCUUCGCAGAUGUGCUCGCAAACUCCGAUGAGUACAAGAACGACCCAAGGAACCCAAAGAACAAGAUCCCCAAGCCGGCGCAUUAG